CUACACAGAUACGGCCGAUUGGACUCGAUGCAGCGAACAUCUAUGCGGAUAUCUGCUCUGAUAGGAUACCAAGGCACAGCUUUAACCGUCGGCUCCUCUAACGCAUCCAAGACUCCUCCGUGCGCCUCACCUGUGCCUCAGACCUUUAAUCAGCUCAGACUGUGUGUAAAAAUGUACCGAGGCUUGCUGCUGGUGUCCCUCAUCCUCCUGGUUGAGACGCGGCUCAGUGAGUCGAACUGCGCGGAACCAGAGACGCAGAAAUCCACCUCGGACGAGAGUUCAAGUUUUCGCCUCGCGGCUCGUAACUUGCUCAAGCGCUAUCACGACAUAGACUACGAUAGUUUUGUCGGACUGAUGGGCCGCAGGAGCGCCGAUGCUGAUGAUGAUGACCAGUCUCAGCGCAAACGAGAAAUGCAUGACAUCUUUGUUGGACUUAUGGGACGGCGAAACAGUGAAGAUGACGCUGAACGUCCUUGGAGGAAAGACUACCCAGAGACACGUGGCCUGUUCUUUAACAAGUGCAGACUGAGGUUUCGUCGUGGGUUAUAGGCAAAAAUCUUCUGGAUCAGCUGUGCCGUUCUUACAGGAUUAACUCCUUUUCAUGACACACUCUGCAAAAAAAGCUAAAAAAAAAAGUUAAAUAAUUACACGAUUGCAAUUAUUCUAAAUUACAUUUGUCAAAGGAUGAUGAUUUUAUGUUGAACUGCAACUAAAACUUACAUAGAUUUGUAUAUAUCAGUAGCAGUAUAUAUAUAAAUCUCUAGAAACAUCUUUAUCUGACUAU